CAUCCACAGAUGCAUCUCAAGCAGGUUCAAGUUUCUGCUCUUCUAAACCUAUGUCUGAGUGAGCCACCAACAAAUGGAACACAAGUUAACUUAAACCUAGAGGAGGCUGGUGACAUCUGAAAGAGGGGAAAGUGGGGCAGCAGUGCUCCGAUGCCCUCUGUCUGACCAGCUGCUGUUUGGAGUAUGUUUGCUACUUAGAAAGGAACUGAAAUUCAGGUACAAUCCAUGUAGACCUGUGAAAUAAAAAGAAAGAACUGAGGAACAUACCCCCCAAAUCUGUGGAAAUCUGCUACCUUUCUCUGUCUCUGGCUGUGGCUCUGAUCUUCCUGUUGGGACACCUCAUUCAGUUCCGUUUCUAUUGGAAUUAUUGACAAGUAGCAGCUUCAAGUAUUAUAAAGCUGCUCAGUUCAUUUCAGUGGAAAUUUAAACCUUUUCAGGCACAAGAUAUUGUAAACUAAAAGCGUGAAUAUGGGUGAAAAGAAACCGGAGCCCCUAGACUUUGUAAAAGAUUUUCAGGAGUACCUUACUCAACAGACACACCAUGUAAAUAUGAUUUCUGGAUCAGUUAGUGGUGAUAAGGAAGCAGAGACUCUUCAGGGAGCUGGGACGGAUGGUGAUCAGAAUGGAUUAGAUCAUCCUUCUGUUGAAGUUUCCUUGGAUGAAAACUCAGGAAUGCUAGUGGAUGGGUUUGAAAGGACAUUUGAUGGAAAGCUGAAGUGUCGAUACUGCAACUAUGCUAGCAAAGGAACAGCACGGCUGAUAGAGCAUAUCAGAAUUCACACAGGUGAAAAGCCACACAGAUGCCAUUUAUGCCCAUUUGCAUCAGCUUAUGAACGUCAUCUGGAAGCUCAUAUGAGAUCACAUACUGGUGAAAAACCGUACAAGUGUGAAUUGUGUUCCUUCCGCUGCAGUGACAGAAGUAACUUGUCUCAUCAUCGCAGACGCAAACACAAAAUGGUACCUAUUAAAGGUACCCGGUCUUCCCUAAGCAGCAAGAAAAUGUGGGGAGUUUUGCAGAAGAAGACCAGCAAUCUGGGGUACAGCAGAAGAGCAUUAAUUAAUUUGAGUCCACCUUCUAUGGUGGUUCAAAAACCAGACUACCUUAAUGAUUUCACCCAUGAAAUCCCAAAUAUUCAAACUGAAGCAUAUGAGAGCAUGACAAAAACAACACAAACCAGUGCGCUGCCAAGAGAUCCACAAGACCUUAUGGUAGAUAAUCCUUUGAAUCAGCUAUCUACAUUGGCAGGACAGUUGUCUAGCUUGCCACCUGAAAACCAAAACCCAGCAUCUCCUGAUGAUGUACCAUGUCAAGAUGAAAAGCCUUUUAUGAUACAGCAGCCUACUGCACCAGCAGUAGUUUCAACUGUAGCAACAAAUAUUCCUCAAAGUUCAUCUCCUACCAGCCCGGAUCCUCGGCCUACACACAAUCAGAGGAACUAUAGUCCUGUGGCAGGUCCAAGCAGUGAUCGUAGUGCCCAUACUAGUACUCCUAGCAUAAGUAACAGUCAGCCAAGUACUCCAGCUCCAACCCUUCCAGUUCAGGACCCUCAGCUUCUGCAUCACUGCCAGCACUGUGAUAUGUAUUUUGCAGACAAUAUCCUUUAUACUAUUCACAUGGGAUGUCAUGGUUUUGAAAAUCCUUUUCAAUGCAACAUAUGUGGGUGCAAAUGUAAAAAUAAGUAUGACUUUGCCUGCCAUUUUGCAAGAGGCCAACAUAACCAACACUGACUGAAAAGCAUACAUUCAUUUAGUUUUUUAACAUAAUAUGGUAUAUUUUUUCAUACUUCCUGAAGGAGACUUUUCUCAUCUCCCAAUAAGAAGUCUAACAUUAAGAAGUUUGACAAAGGAGACACACUUCUAUCCACGCUGUUGUAAGACUUGCCAGGGAAGUUUGCGAGAGUCAUGGUGGUAACAGCUUUUAUGUGGCUUUUUUCUUUUUUUUUCCAAUAGAAAGAUAAGGGAUUGUAAUGCAAUUACAUAUUUUGUUUGUUAUAUUUAAGUUCCUUGUGCUUAAGAUUCAGGUGAAUAGUCUACAGUUGAUCCAAACUGUGUGCCCUUAAACAUGAGUUGUAAUUCACCAGACACAAUACAAGAUAAGAGAUCUUGAUACCUAAAAUAUGGCAAAUGUUAAUUUAAUAAAAUGUAUGUUUAGUAUGAAAAAUGUAUUCAUGCUUACUAGCUACCUACCAAACUGGGUGGGGGAGAACUUUCACACACAAACAGUUUGAAAUAAAACUAUUAGUUUCAUCUGAUUUGUAGUUAAUCAUAAAUUUGUUUAGUGAAUUCUAAAAUCUUUCUGCUAGACUUAACACUGCUCUAGUUUUCCCUCUAAAAAUGGAUCACAAAAACUAGAAGAUAUCAAAUAUAUACAUGUUACUGUAAAUGACACUUCCAUACGAAAGACUGUGAAGACAUUCCUGUUCGAAGUUUAUUAAAUAAAAAUCACAAAUGAGUGCCAUUACAGUUUAAAAAAAAAGCCAGUUUCUAAAAUAAGAAAGCCCUCAUUUAAAAGUACUCUAUGAUAUCUUUAAAUGUCUUACAAAACUAAAUUUGUAUGCUUACUUACAUUUUGCACAUUUAGACUUAGUCUUUUCCUUACUCCCAUGAUAAAAGUUAAGAGAAAAUUAAGUUACAGAUUGAAAAUUUUCUUCCAGUUUUAUCCUGGUUCAAACUAUGAAUGGUAGAUUGUGUGUAUGUUAGGGAGUUAUGCAUUCUAAUUUAUGUAAACUGCAGCUAACAUAAUUUUGUUUGCCUGAUGACCUGUGUGGAUUUACUGAUCUACCAGCAUGCUAGAAAGGUUUCUUUGUUAAUGACUGGGAGGAAGGCAGGCAAAGGAAUAUUAGGUUGGUUACAUGUGGAGUUGUUGUGGCUAAUAUUGUGACUGCAGAUUCUAUCUGAAGAUGUAUGUGCGGUCCCUUUGUAUGUGUUAACUUUAUUUUUGAUACUGUACAUCUUAAUCGUUUUUAAAAGCACCUAGGUUAACAUUUAGGCACUUUAAUAUUAAUCUAAAUGAAACAUCCUAGCAAAAUUAGGGAGACUGCUAGGUAAGUAACAGGCAUUAGUAAUGUUCCAGAAAAGUAAAAACUUACUUUGACAUGCACUUUUACCUUAUUCUGUCUUAUUUGCUGCAAGACAAAUGGAAAGCUUUCUUUAUAUUACCCUUUACUAUAAGAAAUAAGCAGGCACAUACAAGACAUCAAUUAAUGUGUGUUGUGGACAGUAAGAACAGGACUUAAAUAUUUUGAAGUCCAGAGUGGACAUGCAAGUGUCACCUAUUGGAGUUCAUACAUCAGUUGUUCUGGGGCAUGAUGAAAAGGCUAUUGAAUAAAUGUAAAAACUGUCAGACUUCAGCGAGCUUUGGAUCAGGCUCCUCGAAAGUAUGCUCCUCUAAAACAUUUUUGGUAUUAGGAAGUCCCCUUUCUUUACUUCUUUAUCUAAUGAGAAAUUUGAUACUUACUGGUUGUACCCAUCAAGUGCCAGGUGACUUUAAUGCGCAUGUGGCCCUCAAAUUAAUCCCACAUAGGAUUUUUCAUCCUUAAGACUAUCCAGUGAAGAGAGAUCACUUGUGUCGGUACAAAAUUCUCUGAUCCUAAUGAGUUUAGUAACACGUAAGAGCAGAUAUUAUACAUGGAAAACACUUUCUGGCCCUGUAAAUCACCUUUUUGUCUCUCUAAUUUGUAAAAUUACCUAAAAAAUUAAAUGUCCUGGCCAGGUCAGGAUCCAUUGACUUCAGUGGGCUUUGAAUAAGGCUGUUUAUAAUACUUUGCACAACCAACUCAAGAAUGUAUUCAGAAAUAAAUAUAUUGGGUAGUCUAAAUUCAAAUACAAUAAAAACAUCUUUAGUUGCCUUUUUAAAGAAUUUACAAGUCUUCAUCUAUGCCAUAGCUGUGCAUAAACUCAGACCUAAGAAAUCUGGUAUCAUACACUCAAAUAUCUGCUUUCAUUUUAAGGAUUACGAUUGUUCACUGAACUGUAAUCAAUCUGAUUGGAAACCCUUGAUUUUAUGCAUAUUCUGUAAUCUCAUAUUCUUAUACAAAGAACAAUGCGGAAAAAUAUUUUGGGUGGGUUAUAUUAUUGACCAAAAUCUACAUACCUAAAAUGAAAUCACACAUUUCUUUCCCCUAAUAUUUAAAAAUAUGUAGCUUUUCCUUUGGGGCCAGGAAACAUGCCAUAAUAGUUUUUCUUCAGGAUUUAACAACUUUGUAAAAGCUAUUCUAUUUGUCCAAGUUUAACCAGCUGUUUUUAACUGAAAUUGAAUAGUAACAUCUGUCAUCAUGCAAAGUUGUGGAAGUUAUAAAACACAGUUUCUUACAUAUCUGAAAUACAUUAACAUUUGGUGUGUUAAACAAUGGUGUGUUAAACAAUUUGGUGGACCAAUGUUCCUCCCUCUUGAAGUCAAUGGCAAAACUACCAUUUGCAAUUUUAGCAUAGAAAUUUUUUAUCCUUCCCCUCAUCAUUUUGAUCCUUUAGGCUAAGAACUUUCAUUGGUAAUCUGACUCCUGUAAUCAUUCAGUACUUGAAUCUGUAUUUGUAGAGAGAACAUGCCUUGGGAAAUUACAGGCUAAAGACCAGUCUGGAUAUGUAGAGGUAGGUGGAAAUUUGAGGACACAUCAAGGUAGCAAAAACAUGCAUAGUCCAUCUCCACUGGACAGCUGUGAGAGCGUCCACAUGUCUACGAACAAGAGUGUUAUUAGAUUGGAGAAGUAGUACUCAGUAUUUAAAAAUCCCUAAUUAAUCCUGCUGUUGGUACUGGUUAAUACUGAGAUACUGUUUACUCUUCAGGAAAAUAUCCAAGGACAUUUAAAAGAGAAUUUAAGCUUUAACUCUUCAUGCUAAACAAUUAUAGCCAGAUCCUUUUUCUUCUCAUGCAAUGGGACUACUCAUGAGAGAGAGGAUAGGAUUUGGUAUUUAAGCCCCUAUCCUCUCAGUGUGUCUGUGGGGUGGAUCCCCCAGUGACUGCAUCUAGCACUACUGAAGCCAGUUUCAGAUUGGGGCCUUAACAACUUCUUUUUUUUAAACAAACACAACAUAUUACUAUGUAUUUUGUUGUGCCAAACCAUAACUUGAUUACCCUUAUUUCCUUCUGACUACUGAGUAUGUUUGGAAGGUGCAUUUUUAGUUUAUUAAAAAGGUAGCUUUUCAUAAUUUUGUACUAAAAGUGUAUAUUCUAGUAUUUACUAUAAUUUAAAAUAAAGAGCACAAUUAGUAUUGCAAAGUUCUUUGAGGAUGUGAUCCUGUAAACCUUUACUUUCACAAGUAGGCCUUAUUUUUGCCAAGUUGAUGGGGAAUGCUUGUCAGUAAAGAUCUGUAGGAUCAGAACUAGUUUACUAGACCUAUUUUAUAUUGAGUUGAAUGUGCUUUACUGCACUAACUUUUUAAAAACAAAUCCUUAUAGCAUAUUAUGAGGAACUGAUUAGUUUUUAACUUGUAUUAAUUAACAAGGAAGUUUCAGGAUGAGUUGAUACUUUUUCCACAGCUUGACUGUGUUAAGUUCUGUAUUUGGAAAAUGUUAGUUGUUGUGUUCCUUUGUUUUUAUUGUUAUGAAAUAUUUUAUAGAUAUUUUGGAUAAUUUUUUAACAUGCACUAUUUAUAGUACUCUUAACAGAUAUUGUAACAUUCUGAGACUGAGGACUCUUUUUGUUCAGUGAACAUUCAAAUAUUAGAUUGAAAAUGCUGGUAGGAGAAAAAUGAUCUCGUUAAUAUUUAAACUAAGGAACUGUGAAGCAAGUAAGUAAUAAGGAAUAAUAUUUGAUUAUUGCAAAUGCCAUGUGUAGCUUCAAAUGAAUUUGGCCUAAGACACCAAUUUGUGUUUUAACACAUACAGUUCGCAGUGCUGGAAGAGAGACAUGUUUCAGUGUCGUUGCAUAGCAGAAUUUGAACAGUUCUUAUGGCUUUUGUUAUUGAAUUUUACUUUUUUUUGACAAAGGGAAUGUAACAAAUCUUCACUGGCAAGUUUCCCAUCAGUUUAAGUUUCUGUGAAAAAUGGAUAUUCUGUGCAGGAAAAAUCUAUUCCCUGCUGAAGCAUUUUUCAUUGAGCAAUCUUUGUAUAUGUGCUUCUAGUACCUGCUUUGUUAAUAAUGUGUACUUCAAUGUAAAAAGCAUAUUUUAUAUGCAGAAGAUGAAACGAGUUACAGUUGUAAAAUACAUUUUAUCGUGUAGUGAUUUGGUUUUCAGCAAACAAAAUAAUUCUGAAAUAACUAGCGUAGUUCAUGUUGUGAAGCUUUGCUUUUGUAAGAUAUGAAUAAAAUAAC